AUGCCUGGGGGUACUGUAACCCAGCUGCUGCCUCCUUGGGGAUCCUGUAAGUGGCAUGACCUAACCUUCUCCAGCCUCCAGGAAUUAGAACCGGGGCCUUUCCCUACCUUCUCUCAAGGAGGUAAGCCAGGGAGGGCAAAGCCAGGCCCUUGCUUUAUCCCUUUUUUCUUCUUGCAGGUCUUAGUGAACAUCGGCAACCAUUUCGAUCUUGCCUCCAGCAUAUUUGUAGCGCCGAGAAAAGGGAUCUAUAGUUUUAGCUUCCACGUGGUCAAGGUGUACAACCGACAGACCAUCCAGGUCAGUUUAAUGCAGAAUGGGUACCCCGUGAUCUCUGCCUUUGCUGGUGACCAGGACGUCACCCGAGAAGCAGCCAGUAAUGGUGUCCUGCUGCUCAUGGAGAGGGAGGACAAAGUGCAUCUGAAACUGGAGCGGGGCAACCUCAUGGGGGGCUGGAAGUACUCCACCUUCUCUGGCUUCUUAGUCUUUCCUCUAUAAGCACAGAGCCCUGGACCGAGGCCUGCAAUCUGGACCCAGGACUCUGCCCUCCCUUCCUGCUACCUUGACCUCUCUGGAAGAAGGCACUGGGUCGCUCCCAUCUCCCGCCAGACUGCCAUGUCAGAAGGAUUUCUCGAGAGCUCUCUAGCAUUUUCUUUGACUACUGACAAUUCCUCCUCUGGAAACCUGGCCUUCUAAUGAGUUUUGGACGACAAGGUCUUAAGGAGAAAUGAAAUGAUGGAUCGCAGCAAUUUGUACCUGUGAUCGUAAAGUAAAUAUCGGAUCUUACUGUUGGAUUGUUCUUCUUUUGUUUGUCCAUUGUAUCGUCCUCUCUGACCUGGGGAGCCCGCAGGCCCCAGGUCGGAUCCCAGAGGGAGCCAUGGAUGCAGCCUCUAAGCAGGACGCCUGCACAGCGCCGCCCGCCAGACAGCCCUUGAAAUGUGUUCUCUGUGCAUCUGUAUAGCCUUAAGAAAAAGUUUGGCUCCAGUUUUAGUCUGUAUUUUCUUUUCCCUCAGGGGAAUGGGAGGACUCGGGUGUGGGCUGGGGACCUUGUGAACCUGUUGAGAAGUGCUUUACCCAGAGACGCGAUUUUGCACGAUCAGACUACUCCUUUUGUUUCGUACUGUUUGUGUUUAGUUUUUGUUUUGUUUUCCUGGGGUUUUUUUGUUUUUUUGUUUUUAUUUCCUCAAAAAGCUUUACUUUCUUCCCCCAGUCAGCGGUUCCCCCGCACCCCUCACCCCAUACUCCCCAUCCGGGGGCAGUUGAGAAGUCUGUUACACCCCUGGAUGAAACACAGCCACGCCAAGCCAAACACCCCUGCAGAUUUUGUUUGGUAUGGGACCAAACAGUACAGGCAGAAAGGCACCUGCCACCAGAGGGAACCCAACCUGUUGACAAGCCUGCAGGCCCCUGGAAAGUGAUUCUCUUGGGUGCUCUUCGGAACUAGCACCCUGAGUUUGUUUGUUUUUUAAUUUACAAUCAGAAGACACAACCUUGGCGUUCCAGGCUGGGCGAGAAGGGUAAAACAAGAGUGGCAGCUGAGAUGACCACGUUUGUGGAGCCCAGCGCUCCCUCGUGGAGUCUGCUCCAGCCUUCUCUGCAGGUGGCUCUCGUUCAGGUGGACCCACUUCAGACUGAGCAGACAGGAGUCUCCUCUGCUCUGUCCAGCAUGGGUUGUGGACACCCCCUGGGCAGACCUGGCCAAAUACUCCGCUGGAAGUCACAGCACUCCAAGCUUCUGGCUAGGGCACCUGGGAGCCGUUUUACAGGCAUCUCUAGUUUUGCCAACAUCAUGCGAGGUCUUUGCUAAGGCACAGGUGAGAGUUGGUGGGAGCAGGGUCUGUAUGCCAAGGAACUGUCGCCAAUCCCAAAGCUGUCAGUUGAGACCUCAAACCGGAUGUUACUUUGUCCUUUGUGUGCCAAUGUAACCAAACUACGCUAAAAAGUCAUCAUUUAAGAUUCAGAAUAAAUGGGUUUGAUGUCUGG